GUAGGCUUCAAUGUCAUGUUGCUGCGUCAGGGGUUUACACAAUAGCAGCUCACUCACUCGAUGGCAUUGGUCAGGUAUAAAAGUAAGAGGUUAAUAGAGACGUGGCAUCAGUGUAGCCACAGCGCAGUCCUGACAACCACCAGUAUGACCAUGGGCAGGAUCAUCUUCUACGAGGACAGGAACUUCCAGGGUCGUUCCUAUGAGACCAGCAGCGACUGUCCUGAGCUGACCUCCCACCUCAGCCGCUGCCACUCCUGCAGAGUGGAGAAUGGUUCCUUCAUGGUCUAUGACCGCCCCAACUUCAUGGGAAACCAGUACUUCAUGAGGAGGGGAGAGUACUCUGACUACAUGAGCAUGAUGGGAAUGAACGAAUGCAUCAGGUCCAGCCGUAUGAUCCCCAUGUACAGAGGAAACUACAGGAUGAGGAUCUACGAGAGGGAGAACUUCGGAGGCCAGAUGCACGAGCUGAUGGAUGAUUGUGACUCCAUCAUGGAUCGUCACCGCAUGUCUGACUGCCAGUCCUGCAACGUCAUGGAUGGCCACUGGCUGAUGUACGAGCAGCCCCACUACAGAGGCAGGCAGAUGUACAUGAGGCCUGGAGAGUACAAGAGCUUCAGAGAGAUGGGCAUGAGCAAUAUGAGGUUCAUGAGCAUGAGACGUAUCAUGGAUUCUAUGUAACAACAUUUUAAUUCAUAAUAUAUAUUGAUUAAAAGGCUGUUUUGAAAAUCCAAAA